AUGGAAAAACAAAUGCCAACAACACCACAAUUUACAACUCUUGUUGGCUCACAAUUACCUCGACUGCCAACAGAUCAUGAAAAAGUUUUGGAUACACUUGAAAACGAUUUUAAAAGAAUGGAUAAAAUGUUUGCUAGUGGAGAGAUGAGAGUUUUCGGAAGGAAUUCAGACAGUAUAUUUAAAGAAUUGGAUUUAAUACGUAGCAAACAAAUUUCUUUAGCCGUUGAACAUAUAUCUUUAGAAAAUUUACCAGACAAGGAGAUGCCAUUAGGAAGCGAAAUAGCUGAAGAUUCCGAAGAAAAUUUUAAACGAAAUUCUGAAAGAUUUGCAAAGAAAGAAGAUGAUUUAAAUAAUUUAAUGGAAAAUUUAAAUAAUUUAAUGGGAAAGUUGGAAGAAUUAGGACAAUCGAUGACAAUUUCUGAACCAAAGACAUAA